GUCAAAUUAUCCACUGUUGGUGUUUGUGUGUUUUGUAGUCUGUCCAAUGGUCUCCAUUUUUCUGUCCCUACUACCUUUAUUUUUUAUUUAUUAUUGAUUGAUUCUAUCUAUUCCUGAAUUCUGAAAAUCUGUUGUUAUAGUGAAGACAAGUAAAGGAUAUAUUCACCCAAAACUUAAAAUCUAGCAGUCGAUUUCAAAAUUAUCUAUAAUUAUAUACCGAAGAGGACUAUACAAAGGUGUAAAACAUAAAACAAAACGAGAUUAGGUUCCAGACCUGAUCAAAUAUUGCAAAAAUGGACCCAUAUCCAUAUGACGUAAUUGAUCUCACUAAUCUGGGUGACUCCUUUACAUACGCGUCGCGGGUACAACAUCCUCCAAGUAUGGCUCCAGAUGAGGUGAUUGAAUUAGAUAGAGAUUCGGAAGACUCCAUCUACGAUAGAGAUCUUCCUCCCGACGAUUAUCGAUUUGGAGAAACAAGUACAUUGGAAGAAUUAAUGAACUUAGAAUGUUAUAAAAACCCAAAAGAGAGAGUUGCAAAACUAAAAAAAACUAUAAAAAGAAGAGUGAGAGAGUAUGAACUAAGAAUGGAGAGAUUAGAAAAAAUGAAACAAGAAAAUAUAAGGUUAGAAGAAGAACGAAAAAGGCAGAAAGUAAAAAGGUUAAAACAAGCUGUGAGAGAAAAACUUCGUGAAGAGAGACAAAAGAAGGAUAAGUGUGCAGUGUGUAAUGAGAUACCAAAAGAAACCACAUUUGGGAUUUGUCCCAUAUGUUGGGAAGAGUUAGGGGAUGAACCAAUGGCUUCAACGACUUGUGGACAUGUCUUUUGCUUAGAGUGUAUACGUAGAUAUCUUGACCAUGAACCAAAAUGCCCCACUUGCAGACAAGAUUUAGUAGGAAACAAUGUAUUUCAUCCGCUUUAUUUAAGUCAAGGAACAUAAGUCAAUAUAUUUUUUAUAUUGAUAUUUUUUUCGAAGUAGUGUAUAUAAGAUUAAAUAUUAGUCGUUUUAAUCAGGCCCACAAACAAUAUCAAUUUGUAAAAUCUCCAAGCAAUUCAUGCAUAAUAUGUGUGAUUGUCGAACAUUAGUAUCCUGAAACUUAAGAUUAAUUAAUUCAUUUACAUAAUUAUGACCUGAGCGAGUUGCUCAGAACGACUAGACUAAAUGAUAACUGACAAGGUGGAAUUUAAAAAAUAUAUCAUUCUAUUGUAAUACAAAUAACUGUGUAGGUAAUUAAUAAUGUGUUUUAAGUUAACUCACUUGCUAAAGCGAUUAAAACGACUAAUACUUAGUCUGGAAAAAAAAUAUUAUUUUGCCAAUGCAGUAUUAAUUAUUUACUUGUGCAUUUAUUUAUGUAUGAUUUGAGAUAAAUCUCUGUUGCGACGGUUUCAUUUUUUCAAGCAUUGUCCUUUGUUUCAUAUCGCUUAUCUGUCGGUAUAUGAGACACAAUAGAAAACACAUUGUCUCUCGUAGAUCUGCGUUUCGGCAUGACGUGCGUAAAAGUACUUACUUAAAAGGUGAAUAUUGUGUAUUAUGCAUUAUCUAAAUUAUAUUCUGUAUAUUAUGAUAUCAAGCAAGCGAAUCCUGAUAAAUAUGAAACAAAUACAGUAGAAUUUUGAUAAUGCAGACAGGUAUAAACAAAUCUUAUGUGUAGUGUUGUAGGUACUUACAUGUAGGUAAUAUUCAAUAAUUUUCUAGUCUUUAGGUAUUUAUUACUCUAAGUCGUACAGUUGAUCUGCAUAAACCAAAAGGUAAUUGUGACCAUUAAUAUUUCUUUUGUCACAUUUAUUUGACCAAAAAUGUUUCCAUAUGAGUAUUAUUAUUUAUUUAAAUUAACCUAUGUAAAGACACGCAAACUAUUGACAAAUCUCAAUAACGACAAAUAAUAAGGCUUUAUAUUAAGUAUAAGUUUUGAAGUUAAGUUUAAGUUUUGACAUUGUAAAAUUGUGGUUGAAUAAUUCCAUAAUAAUUUAAAAUAAAGCUUGAACAUAAUAAUAGGAAUACUUUUGCAUGCAGUACUUAAUAGUCGUAAUCAUUAUAUGAGACAAGUUUAAAAAGAACAUAUUUUCCUGUCUUGUUUGGGUAUUACUUCUUCAAAAUUAUAUUUGACUUGAUGGCAGAGCCAUUGAAUCGAUUGAAUUUAAUUCUUAGAUGUAAUUUUAUAUUUUUGAUUGUGAUAAUUGGUAAAAAGAAUGUGCUACUAUUUUUUAUUGUAAUUACAUAUUAGAUUAUACUGUUACCAUCCAAAAUUUUAAUCAAAUUCCGGUAUAGAUCUAAUAAUUUGAAAUUAAGACCAUAUGACAGUUGCAUAAAAAUUCUUUAUGUGGCAGAUUGUUUAUACAAAUUACGUUAUAAAUAUUCCAUCUAGUACAUAAGAACGUAAUUUCACUAAAGUCACUAAGGGUACUUAAACGAAAGUGGUGAAAAUGGCACUUGUUUGUCUCUUAUUUUGUGCACAUUGAUUCAAAUUCCCUCAAAUGAUCUUUUGUUUAGCCAUGUAAAAGAUUAAUCAUAUUGUAGUUUAUAAAACAUAUUAUUUAAUUUACCUAGUGUUAGUGUGUGCAUGUUAUAUGAAAUAUGUAUGUAUGUAAGUUAGUGUUUAAGAACUAUUAUAUAAGUCAGUUUCUUGAUAUCGAUAUCAAUAUUUACAGUAAAACAAAAUGUGGUAGGAAUGAUGCAGAAACUUGAUCUCCUUGACAAAUGAAAAUUCAUAGUAGCUUUAGUGUUAAUAGUACUUAGCUUUGGUGUUUAUAUAAUUACAACUUAAUGAUUUUGCUAGAUUAUAAUGAGUAUUUAUUUUUUAGGGUUAGUUAAUUUAUUGUUUUUCUAUUAACCUAUUGUAGGUAAGUACUGUCGCGUUAAGACAGCUCGAAUGGUAACAAUAUUUUUUUAACGUGAUUGUAGUGUAGAGGUAACUCUCUUUUUCUAAGUGUUAAGUAGGUAUCUUAGGUUUAAAAUCUGUGAUUAUUCCACAACAAACUGCAUUUGCAAUAACGGAGUAAACCAAAACAGUAUAAACCUACAUUUCCAUAUAUUGUGAAAUAGAGCAUAAGAUUUUCUUCAUAUUCAUUCAUGUUGUAGAAAUUAAUAAAGACUGAUUGCAGCUGAAUAA